AUGGAACGAGGAAUCAGUCUCAGCAAGGCUGAUAUUGUUGAGAAUAUAUUUCUAUGUUUUGAAUCGGUGAAUGGGUCUUGCAUAAGAUCAAUCUUUCCUCCAACAAUACGAGUAUUACUUUAUCUCUUACUUGGCUCAAUGUCUGUUCUCACAGUGUGUGGCAACCUUCUUGUAAUCAUCCCCAUCAUUCACUUCAAACAGCUCCACACCCCAACCAACUACCUCAUCCUCUCUCUGGCUGUGUCAGACCUUCUCUUGGGGGUUUUAGUGAUGCCUCCCAGCAUGGUAUAUUCAGUGGAUAGCUGCUGGUAUUUUGGAGAUUUAUACUGUAAAAUCUACACCAGCACUGAUGUUAUGUUGAGCAAUACAUCCAUUCUUAACUUGUGUUUUAUUUCUAUUGAUAGGUAUUAUGCAGUGUGUCGCCCUCUCCUUUAUAGAUCUAAAAUAACUGUUCACUUGGUUCUGAUUAUGAUGCUGGUCAUCUGGACUGGUUCUGUUAUAGUAGUGUUUGGUAUAGUAUUUUUGGAGCUCAGUAUCUGGGGCAUGGAGGAUUUUUACUAUAAUAAUGUUGCCUGUGAGGGAGAAUGUAUUUUCUUUCAAAACAAAGCAUCGAGUACUGCGUCUUUGGCUCUCUUAUUCUACAUCCCAGGAGUAGGGAUGCUUAGCAUCUACCUAAAGAUUUUCCUAGUAGCACAGAGACAGGCACGCUCAAUUCAGGGUACAACCAAUCAGAACUCUGUAGGCAAAUCACAGAGGAAGGCCACCAAAACACUUGCUAUCAUUAUGGGUGUAUUUCUAUCAUUCUGGACACCCUUUUUUGUCAUCAACAUCAUUAAUCCUUUUAUUAGUUACUCUACACCACCCGUUUUGUUUGUAACAUUUGUAUGGAUUGGCUAUUGUAAUUCAGCUAUUAAUCCCAUGGUGUAUGCAUUCUUCUACAGUUGGUUCAGGAAGGCAUUUAGAAUGAUCAUUUCUGGUCAAAUAUUUCAACCUGACUCUUCAGAAAUACAAUUGUUUUCAGAAUAA